CAAAUGGCUUUAACAGGGAAAGUCUUUGCAGGCCAAAAGCCAAUAAUAAACAGUCAGCACAAGGACACAAAAUGAGUAUUACUAAACAAGUAGAAUAAUGCAUAUAUAAUGCAUAUGUAUGUAACAAGAUUAUAAUUAACUUAUGAACAAGAUUAAAUAUCUUUUGUGUAUUUAUUAUUUUUAGAUCAUCAUUAUAUAUAGCCUUAGAACUUUUUACUCUACUUGUUAUUUGUUAAGUCCUGUUAGGCCAUUAAGUAGAAUUUUGGAAGGUGAGAAGAAGAAGAAAAUGGGGAAGGCAAGUAAAUGGAUUAGAAACCUUCUUUUAGGGAAAAAAGAAGAAAACUUGAAGCAGAUUGAUACGUUCUGCUCCGAGAAUAAGACCACAAACACGGUUAAUAGUAGUAAUAGUAGUAGUAAUAAGAUAGUAGUGAAGCGCAGAUGGAGUUUUCGAAAACUAACAAGUGGAAGAUCAACAGGAAAAGUAGUAGCUCAUAAAAUUUCCAAGUCUUUUGAUUCAGUUGACUCUCCAAAAUUGCAAAUACAAGCCUUAAUGUUCCAAAGUCAGACCCCAAGAACAGCUGCUGAAUUUGUAAGAACAGCUGCUACAAGGAUUCAAGCUUCCUUCCGCUCUUAUUUGGCAAGGAGAGCAUUGCAUGCUUUAAGAGGAUUAGUGAAGUUACAAGCACUAGUGAGGGGUCACCUUGUAAGGAAACAAACAACUGCAACGCUGCGUGGGAUGCAUGCGUUGAUGUCCAUACAAGUUCGAGCUCGAAUUAAAAGGAUUAAGAUGGCAGAAGAAGUUAUUCCCCCAGAAAUACCAGUUUCUCAACACACAGAAAGUCCCUGCUUCGAAGAGUACAUGACACAACCAAAACAACAUCAAGAUUCAAAGAAUAUGAAUGUGGAAGAAAUGUUAGAGGCAUUGAGGAGUAGAAGUGGCCCAAUAGAUGUAAAGAGCAGAAAAUAUGAUUCAAUGGCAUAUUAUUCAAAGAGCCAAUCAAUUUCAAAACGAGAAAAUCAAUUAAAGAAUGAGAAUCAUAACAAUAACAAUAACAAUACUACUACAAUCAUCACAGCACCAAACAGCCCAGAAAAAUAUUACAGAGACAUGAUUGAUUAUUUAAAUCCAAGAUCAUCAUCAAUUUCAUUAUCAACAUCUCAGCGCCACAUGGUGCCUCCUCGACAAUCAUGGUCAUCACCAAAAAAUUACAUGAGCAAGACAGAAUCUUCAAAGGCAAAAACAAGGUCAAGUAGUGAACCAAGACAAAGACCUACCAAACAAGGAACAAAGCAAAAAAGCAACAACUCUAUUGAAUGUAGUACUACUAGUAGUAGUUCAUUGAAGAAAAAUAUGUUGUCAAAUUCAGCAAGGUAUGAUCAUUGGGUUGUUAAUUCAAUGAAGGAGAGUAAGCGUGAUUCCUUUUGAUUAUUACAAAAUAUGUUGUUAGUACAAAAUAAGCAAAUUAUUCAAUUUUGAUUAUCCAUACAAAUUUCGGUUAUAAUAAUAUUAAUAAUAAUAAUUUCUUUUUUAUUAAAUAUUAUUCAGUAGCCAUCUAAGCCACUAGAUUUGCCCAAGUGAUAGUAUGCUAGAGAUCUUAUAUUCGAUCAUCAGUUUCAUUGUAAACCAAAAAUUUCAGUAGCCUUAUGCUUGAACUUCAAAGAGCAGAAGAAAGCAUCAAGUUGUUCCAUUUAACCCAAUUGUUGGUACCCUUGCUUGCACU